UGUGGAGUGGGACCUCUGUGGAGUCACGCAGUAUCAACGAGCAACAAACGGCCAAAAUGUAAAUAAAAAGCAGCCGAACACCACUUUGUGAAAGUAGGUGUGCAGUGGAGAGGUGUAGCCGUCUUAAAAAACGAAUGCGUAAAGUUGUUGCACAGCAGGGACGCGCGAUAAUCUGUGCGUAAAAGUGAGUCGAAGACACAAGUAAAACUUGUGCGGUGGAUGAGACGUUUGCUCGGCCGCGAUGGAUGCGUCAGUGAGCCUCCGAGACGUGGUGAGAAGCUGACAAAGUGAAGAAGAGUCGUUUCAUUUUCUUUACAGUGGAUGUCUGGUUUCCAGAGUUUGGCGACGGAGCGGAGCGAAACGCGCAGCGGGGCAGCAGAUGCUGGACAGUGACUAAGCCUUACGGCUGGAAAGCUCAUGAAUUGAAUUUGUCUGGGCUGCAGACUUUAUGUAAGAAGUAGGACAGACAUAACACCGCCCAGUUAGUUCUUUCCGUCAUGCGUAGAGACGCUCGGCCGUCCAGCAUCUCGUUGUUAUGAUCGCCAUCAGCUCUGAACGUUUAAUUCUUCACAAAGUUGCAGCUGACUUAUGCCACUGCUCCAGCAGGAGUUAGUGGAAAGUUUUACCGUUUACAUCCUUCUGUCUACCUCUUCUCAACAUGGACGAGAGUGUUGAGUGUGCGGCGGCCGACAGCUGCUCGGACGGGGAGAGCAUCAGCCUCAGCGUGCUCAACUGGGAGCAAGUGCAGCGGCUGGACACCAUCCUCACCGGCUCCAUCCCCAUCCACGGCCGCUGGAGCUUCCCCACUCUGGAGGUGAAGCCGCGGGACAUCGUGAAGGUGGUCCGGAGCCGCAUGGAGGAGAAGCGGAUACAUGUCCGGGAGGUGCGACUGAACGGCUCCGCGGCCAGCUACGUCCUGCACGAGGACAGCGGGCUGGGGUGGAAAGAUCUGGACUUGAUAUUCUGCGCCGAGCUGAAGGGAGAGAUGGAGUUUCAGAUAGUCAAAGAUAUAGUGCUGGACUCUCUGCUGGACUUCUUGCCCGAGGGAGUGAAUAAAGAAAAGAUCACACCAGUGACCUUAAAGGAGGCCUACGUGCAGAAGAUGGUGAAAGUCUGCAACGACUCAGACCGCUGGAGUCUCAUCUCACUCUCCAACAACCGCGGCAAGAACGUGGAGCUCAAGUUCGUGGACUCUCUUAGAAGGCAGUUUGAGUUCAGCGUGGACUCCUUCCAGAUCCGCCUGGACUCCCUUCUUCUCUUCUACGAGUGCUCGGAGCACCCCAUGGCUGCGACUUUCCACCCCACGAUCCUCGGGGAGAGUGUCUAUGGCGACUUCCCCACCGCCCUUGAUCACCUGCGCAAGCGCCUCAUCUGCACCAGAAGUCCCGAGGAGAUUCGAGGUGGGGGUUUGCUGAAGUACUGCCACCUGCUGGUGCGGGGUUUCCGCGCAGCCUCGGACGCUGAGAUGAAGCUGUUGCAGCGCUACAUGUGCUCGCGCUUCUUCAUAGACUUUCCCGACGUGAGCGAGCAGAGGAGGAAGCUCGAGUCCUACCUGCAGAAUCACUUUGUAGACCUGGAGGACAGGAAGUACGACUAUCUGGCCACGCUGUACGAGGUGGUGCAGGAGAGCACGGUGUGCCUGAUGGGCCACGAGAGGCGUCAGACGCUCAGCCUCAUCUCAUCGCUGGCGCUGCGGGUCCUGGCCGAACAGAACGCCAUCCCCAACGCCGCCAAUGUCACCUGCUUCUACCAGCCGGCUCCUUAUGUCUCAGAUGGCAACUUCAGCAACUAUUACGUAGCGCAGGUUCAGCCUAUCUACCCUUGUCCUCCCUCCCCUCCUCAGCAGUACAUCCCCCCUCAGCACCAUCCCAUGUACGCCACCUGGUUGCCCUGUAACUAAUCUUUCUGCACGUCCAUGCGCUUUUGUGUAACUGGUGGAACCUCCUUAAAAGGGAUGGAUCCUUUUUAUCUCUUCUCCUUGAGAUGGGAAAUUGAGGGAAAUGAGAGAAGGAAGAACAUGGGACAAAAUUAGACAGAUAAAAGACGAGAAUAAAGGAAGGAAGGGAAAUGAGGACAAGGAAGUUGGAUCACGGCCGUGGGCCAGAGAAAGGCUUCUCCCGGGGGUAGAGUGUCACAGCAGGAGGAGCUGAGCACACAGGGAGAGACGCCAAUAAGAGCAGCUGACCUAUCACUUAUAGGGUUCUCACAUCAAGAUCGACCUGAUCGACCCUCGUCGAUCAGGUCGACGACAGCCUGGAUAUGAUCAUAUUUUAAGGAACUCACAUUUGAAGUAAUGAACAUGUAUGAUAUCGGCAUCCUCUUCGCAUUAACAACCAAAACAAACUCACACACAGCCGCAGAGAGUAACGGAGGACACACAUGACGUACUGAAGGUAUUGAUUUAUGGUCAAACAACAACUGCAACCUUCUGACCUUUCCCAUGUGCUUGCACAGGACUCUUUUUCACAGACAAUGCAAAAUGAGGAACUGGAUACUGUUUACAAAUCCAAAGAUCUACUUUGAUACUCAACUUUAUCUGAAUUCUGAGACACACACACACACACACACCCACACACACACACACACACACACACACAAAACAAAAAAAAACAACAGAACAAUGCAUGCUUUAUUUCUGUACAGGAAUAAUUUUCUUUAAGUGCCUAGAAAGAGCCUAAAGGGAAAAGAUAUUUUUGUGAUUCUUUAUCGUAGAGUUGAGUCGUCUAAUUGUCUCAUUGAUCUUCAAGGUGAUAAUGAAUGUACUGUGGCACAGAGAGUUACUUACGCUGAGUGAGGUCUCUUACACUGAGGGAGGCUUUCAAACAACUGUUUUUAUUUUGACAAUGUUUAGUUCGAGACUCUGCUGUUAUCUGCGGUCCUGCUCGCUGAACACACAUCCUGAUUACCAAAGAGGAAGUAGCAACAUAAUCUCAUCAUCUGCUCUUAUCUGCAGUUUUAUUGGAUUGCAAAAUAAGGUGCACAACUUGAAAACCCAAAAGCUGUUUAUCAAAGCAAGGAGAUAAUGAAGUUACCUGUUAGGGGGUGAAAUCCUACAUAAAAAAAUGUAUUUGGAUAUGUAAAGGUUUUACCCAUAAUGCAUUUCAAACUACAGUUUCAUCAUAUGUAGGCCCAUAUCAAAAUGCAUGUGAGCAACAUGUUGAAGUGUUCUUGUACACUUUGGUAGAUGCAAAAUGCAUUUUAAUGGACAGAUUUCAAAUAUAAAACUUAAUCUUACUUAAAGGUCCAGUGUGAAGGAUUUAGUGGCCUGUAGCAGGGAGGCAGCAGAACUGAAACAUGUCCCAUGUGACAGAAGUGUAGAACAACUCUUGCCAUCACAAAAAUGUUAAUGACCCUAUCUGAAAUGAGUGUUUGGCAGGGGUUUGGACUCGAGUCACAUGACUUGAGUGACAAAUUUGAUGACUUGAGACUCGACUGGGCAAAAUCAAAAAAGACUUGCAACUUGUGACCUCACUUCACACCAAUGACUCGUGACUUCACUUGGACUUUAGCCUUUUGACUUGAAGAUACUUGGUUCUUUCCAUCAAACUAAUGUGGAAAGAAAAAGUUAAAGACAUUUUUCCAUUCUGAGAUUUUUCUUUUACUCAUAAGGACAACGCACAUUAUUCAGUAUUUCUGUAAAUGUGCCAGUGUUAGCCAGCUGGCUAAUUUUCGACUGCAGUCCUUUGGCAUGUUUUAAAUCCAAUAAAAUGAUAAUGGUAAAGAUGAGUUAAAUACAACAAUACAGGACGGAAACAUACAAAAUUCAUAGUUACUAUGCUAUAAAAGUACAUGUCAGCAUUACUUUUGUUUCUGAUUAAGUUCAGUCAGACACAAAUAUAUGUGUUAUAUAUAUUUACAUAAAUAUAUAUAUACAAAAUAAAAAAUAAUGAUUUUUGUGAAUUUAAUUAUUAUUAUUAUUAUUAUUAAUUUAAUUGUUACUUUGUUGUUAAAUGGCGUUAAAUUUGGCAAAGAGUGCAUUAUGACUUGUUUAGCAGAUUUAAGGACUUGCCUAAUGUGACUUGGGACUGGACUGGGAACUUCAGUGCAAAGACUUGAGACUUUCAUGUGACUUGCGAAACACUGAACUGGUCCCACAUCUGGUGUUUGUUUGUCUGUUCUGGGCUACUGUAGAACAACAUGGUGGACUCCCUGGAAGAGGAACUGCUGCGUUUGUAGAUAUAAUCGUCUCAUUCUAAGGUGAUGAAAACACAACAGUUUUUAUUUUCAGGUGAUUGUAAAUUAAUUAAAACAUUAUAAUGAAUAUUGUAUGAAAUUCUUCAUAUACAUGCCCAUGAACCCUGCACACACUGGACCUUUACAGGUGCCCUGUGGAGUUUUGUAAACAAACAAAUGUGAAGUUUACUUUUAGUCUUACUCACCAAAACACAUAUUGUGAUUUCCCCCUAAACCAUCCUCGAAGCCGACUUUUGAAAUGUUUUAAACCGUGCAUUGUUUACAUACGUGUUUGCUAGCCAGCAGGCGUCUUCUUUACAACUUUACUGUUUUACAAACAAACAAGGACUUACUGGAAAAAAAUUGCUCCAUAGUGCUCGGGGCUGCGUAUCAGUACUCAAUGCCUUCAACGUGACUACUGAAAUAACCCAGCAGUAAGUGGUAUUGAAAUGUCUCCAGUCAAACGAUAACUGCAUUCAAUCCUUUUUGCACCUGGAGUCUGACUAGCAAACUUUCUCUCUUUCUUAGCAAACAGUCAGUCCAACGUCUGUCCAGUUAGCAAGCGCUAACACAGCAGCAGCGGCGGCUAACAUCCAACACCAAGCCGUUAAGGGGCCCAGCAAACGCAUACCGAAACUAAAACGGCCUCGACUCAAUCUUUAAACCCGUUAAUAACAUCAGGUAAUGUUAGCCAUGUAAUGUUGCAUAUGCAGCCCAUUGUUUGUGGCCAUGCAGACUGUAGACAUAAUAACCAGGCUGACUGCACAUGCUCCACACUCCAGUCCAGUCCGAAACACUGCUGUCAAGCCAGCCGCAGUCACCUCACCACGGUGAAGUCAGUUUAAAGUUGGAUAUUUCACAGAUCCAGCAGCAUCGUUUCACUUUCAGCCAAUAUCGGCAGCAGGAGGACGAUAAGCUCACCUCCCCGCCCUCCUAUUUACUGUGGGGAGCUGUCAUACAGUGAACAGAGCUGCGUACGUGUCUGCGUGACCAGCAGCAGCAGCUAUAAUCCAUAGAGUCUGUAGUGUCGUGAUGGGGAGCGCAGCGUAUUUGACAGAGUUGGCAGUUCCGGUGCCAAGAUACCACCAAAACAUUCAAAAGUGUGGCUGUAUACUCUCUCCAAAUAAGUGCUGAAUGAAAUACUCUUUUUUUAGCGGUGUCACUUUAAGGGUACUUUUAUCGUUACACAGCCCUAACAGCACUGCUAGAGGUUGAUGAAGUCCACAGGGGUACCGUGAAGUCUCAAAUACAUAAAAACAUAAAGUAGAGCAACAAAGUGUUUGAAAUGCAUUCUGAAACAGGGACAACCAGUUUUCUCAGAUUACACUGGAAACAUUUUAUACACUUAAAUAUAAUAAUUUUAUAUUUUCUUCCUCUCAUCAAAAAUAUAAAGUGGUAAUUUUUGUACACAAUUUGUACACAGUCAUUUUGACAUGCACUGUAAAAUGUGUUUCCAUGUGUAAGAGAGAACGAGUCGUCUGCAAACAACUGCAGGCCUCACAGUAAUGCAACAAACUGGUUUGUCAUAGGGGUGGAGGCCGGGUUGUGUACGCAGGGAUAUAGCAGCGGAGCAACACUUGAAUGGAGCAGAAUCAUACUACUGUCACAGGUCCAGCAGAGGAAAAUACUCUCAGCAAAUGUGCUGCAAGAAGCCUGAAAAGCUUCAAAGAUGAUGUAAGCCCAAUGAAUUUUGGCCGACGUAUAUUUCUUCUUCUCUUUUAUAUGGAAAAGAGUCAAAGUUUGGGAUGUGUGGAAAUUUGGGCUGCGUGAGCAGAUAACAGCUGUCGAAAUGCUAUCCCUCCUUAGCACGGGAAAGCACUCAACAGUGAGGAAAUAGUAUGUAAAAAAUGUAGAAGACAGAUAAGGACCAUCAGACGGAUUUUUGAAGGGCAAUAAGACAAGUAGAUAUUUUGUGAUAAUCAUGAAAAUAUACAGUUUCAGCUUUACAAGUGCAAGAGACUCAGCGUAUUCUCUCAAACAUGUCAGAUCUCUUAUUUUUCUAUCAAUCUCUAUUUUUGUACAGUUUGUGUUCGGCUGAUGUAGCAGGCAGAUUCAAAGCUGUGUUGUUGAGUAUUUUGUGGCAUGUGCAAAUUUGUGUUUUAUUUUGGCUGAUGAGCAGCGCAGGUGGACACGGCGGCUUUGCUGAGAUGCAGAUUUAGCUUGUGUUCAUUGUACAGUACGUGUGCUCGGAGCUGUUUCAUAUGGGUUUCUGUUGCUCUAAAGAGAUUGUUUCACUGUUGUAUGUGUUGUUUCUAACUGCUGUCCUGUUGGGACAUGAAAAUAAUGAUCUGAUAAAUGUGUUCAAGUUGAUCAACUUGAGAAUUAAAAGCAAAAAAAGGCCAACAGACAAAA